AUUUGCUUUGGAGGGCAGCGCGGGGCGCAGUAUGGCUGCCGCUGUGGCUUUAACUCACUGCCGAAGACGAGGUUUUCAGGUGUUGUGUAAUGGAGCAGUCCGGCUGCUUUCUCCCAAAUGUUUCCAGGGAGUCAGACAGAAGUCCAGUACGGUGCAGUACAUUUCCCGGCCGGACCUCCCGAAGCUGGCCUUUCGCAGAGUGAAAGGGAAAAGUCCCGGCGUAAUGUUCCUGCCCGGCUUUGGCUCGAACAUGAAUGGACCCAAAGCAGAAGCUCUGGAGGAAUUCUGCAGGUCUUUAGGUCAUUCUUAUGUAAGGUUUGAUUAUUCCGGUCACGGAGAAUCGGAAGGCGUUUUCUCCGAGGGAACGAUCGGAAGCUGGAAGAAGGACGUCCUUUUCAUGUUGGAUGAAGUGGCAGAAGGGCCUCAGAUUCUGGUGGGGUCCAGUAUGGGCGGGUGGCUGAUGCUCCUGGCCGCAAUCGCUCGCCCCGAGAAGACGAAAGCUCUCGUGGGCAUUUCGACAGCAGCCGAUCACUUAGUCACAGCGUUCCAAUCACUUCCUCUGGAGACAAGGAAGGAGUUUGAAGACAAGGGCGCGUGGACGAUCCCGACCAAAAGCAACGAGGAAGGCGUGUACACUGUUAGCAUGGAUUUGCUAAAGGAAGCAGCGAAUCACUGCUUGCUGCAGAGCCCCAUCCCCAUCACGUGCCCCGUGCGCCUUAUCCACGGCCUGAAGGACGAAGACGUGCCCUGGCACAUCUCCUUGCAGGUCGCCGAGCGCGUGCUGAGCAACGACGUCGACGUCAUCCUCCGGCGCCACGGGCAGCACCACAUGGCCGACAAGGAUGACAUCAAGCUCAUGGUGUACACCAUCGAUGACCUCAUCGACAAGCUGACCACCUUGGCAUGACUGUGAGGGCUAGAAAAGCAGCCAGAGCUUCCUGAGAAACCUGUUUCCUUUGUGCCUUCAUUUACUGUUUCAUUGGUUUGUGUUUUCCGAAUGUUUGUUUGCACGUUAGAGUCUCGGAUUAGGCGUCUGAUUAAAGCUGCUUUUUUGUUGUUUUUUUGGACACUGUUGUUCUCAUGGUUCGUUACCACCAUCUUUCUCUCUUGUGCCUUCUUUACCAUGUCAUAUAACCAAAUAAAUCAUGUUCUAUCCAG